AUGCACCAACGGAUCAUGAUGCUGAAGCAACCGCUGAUGCACCAAAGGAUGAGGAACAGGCUGAACCAGCUAAGCCAAAGAAGGUGCGUGGCCCAAGGAAGGAGACUCCAAAGGAAAUCCUCACCAGUGCCUGGGGGGAGAAGGAGAAAGCACUCCGCGAAGCUGGCAUUCCCAUUCCUGAUGGCUAUCAGCCAACCACCAAGAGCUUUACAGUGUCGCCAGACGCAGCCAAGGAGGAUGCACAUAGCAUCCAGAUCCUGUCCUGACCUUACAUCCCUCUACAUUUCAUUUGGUCUUUGGCAGAUCAAGCACAUCACCAUAUCAUCACCCACAGUAUUGGAUUGGUCUUUGCAUUCUAAGGAAUUCAUAGUUUAUCAUGAUUGA